GUAUCCAAAAUUCCAAAGCCCCCCUUCCCAAAACAAUGAUUGUCCAGUGCAAGCCCAUUGACCCCGUUAACAGCCUGAAUGACCAGCUCAAGAAGCACCACAUCAUCCCCCGGCUCUUGAAAUGCAGGCCACGGGAGGUCAUCGUUGUCUUGUAUCCCUGCAACAUCGUGAUCAAAUCCGGCGCGACACUAGACCUCCCUGAGGUGAUCAAGGAGCCCAUCAUACGCUACCCCUCCGAUCCGGAGAAGUACUAUACCCUGAUCGUGGUGGAUCUGGACAUGCCCUCGAAGAAGGAUUACGUUGUCUGGAUGGUGGGCAACAUCCGGGGAUGCGAUGUGGUCCCGGGGCAAACCCUGGUGCCGUACAACAAUCGGCAGGGCGCGGAGGGGGACCCCGUUCAUCGGAUCGUGUUUCUGGCCUACCAACAGUACCUCGAGCUGGAUUUCUACGACCAGGACAUUCCCAGCCCAGGGCCCGAGGGUCGGGCCAACUUUAACUGCGCCGAGUUCGCCCGGAAGUAUGCCCUGGGGAAUCCCAUAGCCUGCAAUUUCUAUUUAACGCUCUGGGAAUGGCGCUGGACACCAACCUUCCCUGCCGUGGAGAAUACCCCAUUAAAUAUGUGAUUUUUAGGGGGGGUUUAGCUUUCAUUAAAAUAAAACAUCCUUUCGU